CAAAUCCCAGUCAUAAACGCAAGAUCUGCUGGAGUAAUGGAAUUCCCCCAAAGAGAGUGAAACUAAGUUGGGCUUAAUCACAUGAUCAGAGAUUGCGAAAAAUGGGAGAGAGGAACUUGCCAACAGCCAGAGUAGAACAACAAGGAGUUAUUUGAGACAGAGAGAAAAUAAGUGGCUGCUCUUCAGAAUUCCUCCAGCAAGAAACUGUUUUGAUCCUUUUCAAGGAAUAAGAUCUGAGAAAUAGGAGAGAGGCCUUUGUCUUUGGCUGGGAUUAAAAACGAGAGUCAUUUAUUUGGUAGACUUUCUGCCAUCAUGAAGACCUGGCUGAUCCUUCUGUGUUUGGCCAUUAUGACCAUAUCAAGUCUUCAACAGGUUGCAUCCAGAAGAGAAACAGUUGCUGAGAGGACUGAAGAACUUAAAGUAGUCAAAUGCCAGGAUGAAACCAGAUUUCAGAAGUUCUGGUCAUGGUUGUGGAGAAGGAAGAAGGAUCCUGUGGUGAAACCAAAGAUCGUCUUGAGGAUUUGCUGUUCUAUCCUAAAGAAUUUGCCUGUGUGCAUAGAGCCUUGAAAGCACUUGGCAAGUCCGAAGCCCUGACUUCAGCCAAUGCGAUUUUUUACCAACCAAAAUUUAAGAUGGCCAGUGGAUUUAGUAAUCUAACGAGUACAUUCUAUCAAACCAAGCUGAAGCUCCUUAGUAACAACACACAGCAGGCAGUGACUGAUAUCAACUCAUGGGUGAGUGAACGUACUGGUAACAAGAUCAAGAAACUCUUGGAUGACCUGGAUUCUGAUACCCAAAUGGUGCUCCUCAACGCUGUCUACUUCCACUCCAAAUGGAAAACUAUAUUUAAAAAAAAGAAUACAAUCACUGAAGAUUUCUACCGCCCUGAUCUCCCUUCCAUCAAGGUACCCAUGAUGACCAGUAAGAAAUAUCCAGUGACUUCCUACUUUGACUACAAUUUGCAGGCUAAGGUUGGCCGGUUUCAGCUGCAUGACGAUUUGAGUUUGGUGAUCCUCGUCCCUCGCUCCCAGUUCAUAAACCUCUCUGAGAUAGAAGAACGUCUCACUGCAACAACCGUCAUGGCUGCUCUGGAUAGGCUGGAGGCCUUGCAUGUGAAGCCAACAAUAGUAAUGCUACCAAAAUUUAAGCUGGAAUCAUCCCAGGAUCUUGCUGAAAUCAUUGGAGAAAUGGAUUUUGGCCUUUUUUAUGAUGCUGAUUUGUGUGGGAUGACUCAGGGUGAACUGAUAGCUUUGUCCAGUGCCAAGCACAAGUCUGUCCUACAAGUCUCGGAGGAGGGAGUAGAGGGAGCUGCCGCAACAGCCGUCAAUCUAGCACGUACAGCCACAGUCUUUGAAGUGCAACAGCCGUUCAUCUUUUUGUUUGUGAGGGAUCGUAGAGUCCCAGUCUUUAUGGGACGUGUCACUAACCCACUGGCAUCCUAACUUUUCCAUGCCCUCCCAAUUUCCAUUAAUGGGACGAAGCCAGCUUGCAUAUUACCCUAGCUAGCUCAACCUGAAAAAUAUAAUCAGGAGGUUUGUGGAACUCUGAUUCCAUGGAGCACAUUUAUUUAGCAUCUUCAAUUAAAAGGUUAUUUUAUUUGUUCAUGUUAUCUUUUUUUAAACGUCUGUUCUCUGCUUCUCUGUGUGUUUUGUAUAUCCCUUUUGCAUCUAUGAGCCCAAGAGAAAUCCAUCUCAUUUAUGCCAGACAUGAAGUAUAUGAGUGGGGCUCCACCAUGUCUGUAUGUUUGACCUCUUCUAUCCCUUUUGGUCUUCUAAGAAAUAAAGUAUAAUUGUAUUGUC